CAUCGCCCCCAUCCCUGUAUAAUCGUCAGGGCCACUCUUCCUUUCACAAAAAGCUUCAUUUCUAAUCGGUCUAUAUAUACAACUACCCACUCUUUACUUUCUUUCUGUUCCGAAUAUUCAAUGCUAACCGUACAAUAAACACAAUAAAAAAAGUUCAUCAAGAAAUGCUUGAAACGAUCAAGUAUCUUCUCGGCUCAACCGGACCGAGCGGCUACGGCUCUAAAACCACCGCGGAACAAGUGACCGAUAACUGCGGUGAUCUUCACUCCUGCACUGCCAUCAUCACUGGUGCUACUUCCGGAAUUGGUGCUGAGACAGCUCGAGUCCUGGCUAAGCGAGGCGCGCGCCUUGUUUUACCAGCUCGGAACCUGAAAGUGGCUACAGAAAUGAAGAAUCGAUUUGCAUCCGAGUUUUGUGAUUCGAAGAUAACCGUCAUGCAUCUGGAUUUGAGUUCUAUGAAAUCGGUUAGGCAAUUUGUUUCGGAAUUUGAAGCUCUUAAUCUGCCUCUAAAUCUUCUCAUCAACAACGCUGGAAAAUUCUCAUAUGAACAUGGAAUAUCUGAAGAUGGGAUAGAGAUGACGUUCGCAACGAAUUAUUUAGGUCAUUUUCUGUUAACGAAACUGCUGUUGAAGAAGAUGAUAACGACGGCGAAAACGACUGGCGUACAAGGACGGAUAGUGAACGUAACGUCCGGCAUCCAUACGUGGUUUUCCGGCGACUUGAUUCGGUCUCUAGGACAAAUAACUCGAGAUAAAAGUCAUUACGAUGCAACACGUGCAUAUGCAAUCUCGAAGUUGGCUAACGUUUUGCACACCAAGGAACUUGCUAGCAGGCUCCAGAUGAUGGAAGCUAACGUGACGGUAAACUGUGUACAUCCUGGGAUUGUAAGAACUCGACUCACAAGAGACCGUGAAGGUUUCAUUACAGACUUGGUAUUCUUUCUAACUUCAAAGUUCUUGAAAACAAUUCCUCAGGCUGCUGCGACAACAUGCUACGUUGCAACUCAUCCGAAUCUAAAAAAUACAAGUGGAAAAUACUUUGCAGAUUGCAAUGAAGCCUCAAACUCGGAAAUAGGUUGCAACCUUAAAGAAGCUGCGCGAUUAUGGUCAUUCUCCGAAAUUAUGAUUUCUACUGAUUUCAAACCUGUUUUUGCUCCUUGUAUGGCAUAGAUUAAGCAGACAAAUGAUUAAUACUCUAAUAAGUUAAGAAUCAAAUUAUUUAGGAAAAUAGUUAGAUACCCUUACCAAUAUAUUAUAUACUUUUUUGACAUGUAAAGACAUGUUCUUUUUUCUUUUUAUAAUGUAUACAUUAUUAUAUAAACGUAUAAAAGUCAAAAGUGCAUAUGCAAGGUUAGGUUUCAUUGAUUUUUU